CAGGCGGCACCCCAAGAACCUCACAUCGCGAUCUCUCGUCAUGCUGUGGAGGCUGCCUGCCCCCGUCCGCUCCUUUCUGGCCCCGGGCUAUCGCCGAUUCAUCUCGACCGCCGCGACCACCGCCCCCCCACUGAGAAUCCUGUUCUGCGGCUCCGACGACUUCAGCAUCGCCUCGCUGCGCGCAUUGUCCCAGGCCCAGCGCGAAGUCCCCAAGCUCAUAGAAUCGAUCGAUGUGGUCCACCGCCCGGCCAAACCAACGGGGCGCGGCCUGAAAUCUCUACGCGACGUGCCAAUCAAGCUAGCAGCAGCAGAGGAGCUCUGUGUCACGCACACCAUUGACACGUUUACCGGCUGGACCCCACCUUCCCGGGUCGACCUCAUCAUCGCCGUGUCUUUUGGCCUCUUCGUCCCACCGCGCAUUUUGAGCCUCGCCAAGUACGGAGGCCUCAAUGUCCACCCUUCGCUCCUCCCAGAUCUCAAGGGCCCCGCGCCCAUCCAACACGCCUUGCUGAAACGCAGGCAGGCUACUGGCGUCUCCGUCCAGACGCUACACCCCACCCAAUUUGAUGGAGGAACCAUCCUGGCCCAGACGCCUUCCCCGGGCAUAUCCAUCCCAGACUGGGUGGAUGCGGAUGGCCUCACCAGGCGAUUGGGUCACGAGGGAGCAAACAUGCUCGUCAACGUGCUAUUAUCGCGCGCCUUCGUACCCCCCCUGAAAGAUGUCGGAUGGUACGGGGACUCCGGCGGCGCAAUAGACCAUGCGGGCAAAAUCCUGAAAGGGGACCAGCAGGUCGACUUUGCAAAGUCAACCCUAGACGACGUCUUCGCCAUCAAACGCGCGAUUGGCGAGCCUUGGUGCUGGCUGCCCAACGGCGACAGACUCAUCUUGAAUGAGUUCAGUGAGAAGAAGGUUUUGUUAGGAGAACAGGGACAGGAGCAUCCCCCAGGGCGGAUGUGGCUCGACACGUCGCGCGCGCCGAAGCACAAUGUACCUUUGGCGCGGAUGGCGUGCGGCCGCAUCUUGCAGAUUGACAAGAGCAGCAUAGGGGGAAGGCCUGUGGGCGCAGGCAACCAGCGUUUGGUGAGCAUGCUGCGGCAGCAAAGGACGGAUACCGUGGCGAUGGACGAAGGGACACAAUCCUGA